CAAUCAAAAGUAGUAUCAGACUUGACCCUACAAGGAAGUAAGAACGAUAGACGUCGCUGAUCAUCAUAAUUAUUAUUAUUAUUAGUCACACGCGGAUCUCUUCUUGGUAGCUGUACUUUUGUCGGCAAUCGAAGGCUUUCAAUUGUCGUUCUGUUGUAAUAUUGUGUAAAAGAAGAAAAAUUGAUAAAAAUGUCGACCAUGGCGAGUCCUUUAGUCGUAGGAGGUGUUCGACAAUCCGGAGCACCAGUAAGAACACAAAAUGUUAUGGCUGCUUGUGCCAUUGCUAAUGUGGUGAAGAGUUCGUUGGGUCCUGUUGGUUUAGACAAGAUGCUUGUGGAUGACAUUGGUGAUGUGACUGUUACUAAUGAUGGAGCCACUAUCUUACGUUUGCUUGAAGUUGAACAUCCAGCUGCAAGAAUAUUAGUUGAAUUAGCUCAACUACAAGACGAAGAAGUUGGGGAUGGUACUACAUCAGUUGUAAUAGUGGCAGCUGAGUUAUUAAAAAAUGCUGAUGAACUUAUAAAACAAAAAAUUCAUCCAACUUCUGUAAUUAGUGGUUACAGACUUGCUUGCAAAGAAGCUUGCAAAUAUAUUCAGGAGAAUUUAACAUUUACAGUCACAGAAUUGUCACGAGACUGUAUAGUUAACGUGGCAAAGACAUCUAUGUCUAGUAAAAUCAUUGGAGCUGAUGCUGAUUUCUUUGGAAAUAUGGUUGUGUCUGCUGCAAUUGCGGUAAAGGUUAAUGAUGGGAAAGGUGGAUUUUUAUACCCUAUAAAAGCAGUGAAUGUUUUAAAAGCUCAUGGAAAGAGUGUUAGAGAAUCUGUAUUAGUGCAAGGCUAUGCACUAAAUUGUACUGUAGCUUCGCAGGCUAUGACGAAAAGAGUAACAAAUGCAAAAAUUGCGUGUCUAGACUUUUCUUUGCAAAGGACAAAAAUGAAAUUGGGCGUGGAAGUAUUAAUUACAGACCCAGAAAAACUUGAAGCGGUCCGUCAACGUGAAGCAGAUAUUACAAAGGAACGUAUUCAGAAGAUUCUUUCUGCUGGCACAAAUGUUGUUCUUGUAUCUGGAGGAAUCGAUGAUCUCUGUUUAAAGUAUUUCAUUGAAGCGAAAGCAAUGGCAGUCCGCAGAUGUAAAAAAGCAGAUCUGAAGAGAAUAGCAAAAGCUACAGGUGCACAGUUUCUUACUUCUUUAACUAACAUGGAGGGAGAAGAAAGUUUUGAUUCCAGUUUUCUUGGGGAGGCAGCUGAAGUAGUACAGGAAAUGGUUUGCGACGAUGAACUUAUUCUUAUUAAAGGACCAAAAGCAAGGACAGCCAGUUCUCUUAUUCUGCGUGGACCUAAUGAUUACUAUUGCGAUGAAAUGGAACGUUCUGUGCAUGAUGCAUUAUGCGCUGUUAAGCGAGUUCUAGAAAGCAAGUCCGUUGUUGCAGGUGGUGGUGCCGUUGAGACAGCACUUUCUCUAUAUUUGGAAAAUUUUGCGACAUCUCUCAGUUCUCGAGAACAGCUGGCAAUUGCUGAAUUUGCGAGGUCACUUUUAGUUAUUCCAAAAACACUAGCAGUUAAUGCAGCACAAGAUGCUACUGAAUUAGUAGCCAAAUUACGUGCUUACCAUCAUACCAGUCAGACAAAAGCAGAUCUUGAUGAUUUGAAAUGGGUUGGUCUUGACUUACUCAAGGGUACUAUCAGACAGAAUGAUAGAGCCGGAGUAUUAGAACCAGCAAUUUCGAAAAUAAAAUCUUUAAAAUUCGCCACAGAAGCGGCAAUAACUAUUCUUAGAAUUGACGAUAUGAUCAAGUUGGAUCCAGAUCGCACCAAGGAUAAAUCGUAUCGCGAAGCGAUGGAAUCUGGUGAACUAGAAGAAUAAAAUUUAAUUGCAUUUACGUCCAUCUUUCUUAUACGAUUCGUUCUGGAGCGCAGAUUCCAAAUACUUUUACAAUGUGUACUAUUUCAUAAUUUCGCGAUAAACUAAACAUUACACAUUAAGGACUUCACAUAUUAACGUUAAAAUUUGUAUUACAUAUGAUGCUGUAUGUCUUAUAAAUAAUGCUGCACGAAGUAAAUAAAAUAAA